ACAAAAAAAAAAAAAAAUGAAACCAAGAAUCCAUGAAAAUAGGUCAGUCCAGUAGUUAACACAUAAUGAGGAAAUUAUCGUUACAAAAAAUCCGAAGAUGACGUUACGUUACUUUCCUCUUCAUCCUCAGUCUCCAUUAAUCUUGAAACACCUGUUGAUAUAUCACAAUAUGGAUGUGUUCUUCGAGGUACAAAGAGGCCCAACGUUCUGCAUUGAACUAGGUUACUGGGACACAGUGCUAGAGAUCAAACAAAAGAUCGAAAAGUAUCAACGUAUCCCUGUCUCCAAACAAACCCUUUUCUUCCAAGGCAAGGUCCUCCAAGACGAUCACGACAUCGAACAAUGUGCCAUCCUCAACAACUCUCAUCUACAGAUUAUCAGCUCUUCACCAGGCACCGACCAACACCGCAACAACAAUCAAGUGCUCAAAACCGAGCAAUCUCCACCGUCAAACUCAACAGAACCGAUCAUUAACGGUCAAGAUUUGCCUGUCAUGAUGGCUAGGACCAACAACAACAACAACCCUAAGAAGCUGAGAGUGAUGGUGCUGCCGAAAAGCGGGACAAUGAAGAUUCCGGUGGAGGUGAACGCGAGUGACAACGUGGGAGAGCUGAGGAAGGAGUUGGUUAAGAUUCAACAGAGGUUUCAGAUAAGUCUGCCUCAAGAAGGUUAUUUCUUUAUAUACAAACAAAAUGUGAUGGAGGAUGACCGGUCAUUCCGGUGGCACCGUGUUGAUCAUGGUGAUACGAUUGAGAUUUUCAACGGAAGUGUUUCUGGUGGUUCUUAGAUCUGAACAACCUUCUCCUUCCUCCUCAUAGCUUUGUUAUUCAAGUUAAUUUUUUGCUAUCUUCCAAAAUUGUCUUUUGUUUUCACAGCUUUCUGCAACUAAAAGACAUUACUAAUAAGAUAACAUUUGAUCUGAAAAAGAGGAACUUGUUGUUAUUGACCAACUUCUUGGUAACAUUUGAGCUUUGAGUAGUGUUUGAAAAGGCUUUUCUAUCGGAUGAUCUAAUUGACAAACAUUAAUUGUUUUAUAUAAAAAAAGUUAAUGAUAAUCUUUAAUUAAGAGGUAUAAGAUGAAAAGAUUUUCAAUCAAAUGUAAAAUAUUGGUUGAACAAAAAGGA